CCCAACUCGACUCCUGUCAACAACAAAUGGACUCCAGUCGAAGGAAAGGGAAAAUAGCGGACAGCAGUCGACCAAAUGCUACCACAAAGGAUUCAUAUAAACGUUGGCGGCCCCCUCUGAGGCCCCCUGAGUGUUGCCAAACGGCCGUAGACCCCCAGCCACCAGUUCAGGUGAGCGCGAGUGGCUGUAAGCAUAAAUUGAGUACGUAGAUGCCCUUCCUACCAUAGGCGAUGCCGUGGCUAGUUAUAUUUUCACCUUCAAAGGAACGCGCCUGAAAGACCUCAUAUCUGCCCGCUUGUUCGGGCAGACGGCGGCAACAAAGCGAACGGUGGCCUUUUGGAUCGUCUCUCAUUAAUGUGCUGCAGUGCGGUUGCAAGUAGACAGGAAUGGACGACUCAGCGGCCACUGGGCCGGCCGAAAAUGGCGCUGGACACAACAGUAUCACCGAGGAAAAAUUGAAGGCUGCUGCAGUGAGAAGCAAACUGCGGAUUCAGCUUACUCCGCGUGGGAACCUUAACCUCAAAAGGCUGAGUGAAAAAACCCCGCUGAAAACCGGUGACGGAAAAUCGGCUUAUAAUAACUCGGAAACCAGUGCUCCAAAGAACGCUGGAUUUAAGUCUGCACGAGCUGCAUCAAAAAUGGCCAGAAUUUCUAUCGGAAAGAUACUGCGCAGCUUCUUGGCAUCGGUCGAAGCUUUGGCCACAGACCAAGAGGACUUUAAGGCCGACCAAGAGGCUGAGGAGCCUUCAGACACAAUUCAGUUUGCUGGCUAUCUCGCCGCCGUUAAAGCCGCUAUUGACGCCGAACCCAAUACCGAUUUCAACCUUGACAAAGUGGACGCUGCGAGGUUUUCUGUUACAAUAGAAGGGGAACGAGCAAGUCCUAGUGUUUCCACCGAAAACGAUGCCAAAGGAGUUGAGUCAGAGAAAUUGGUAGAAUCAGGUAGUAGAUCUGAAACAGGGGAUGACGUAUCAGCAAGAAGUGAUCAUGAGGUUGAGCUAGAUGCAACUGGUUUCGUUGAGAAACCAGAUACUGUUCAACAAAAUGACGAAAAUGAAGUCGUUAAGGAAUUAUUGAACGGCGAGAGCUUAAGCGAUGAUGAAAAAGAGAAAGAUACAAGUGCUGUACCAAAAGCAAUUCGUCGGGGCCGCCCAAGAAAAACUGAGAUCUUUGUAGAGCAAACCCACCUGGAAGUAGCUUGCGAAGAGGGGACUCAUGAAGCAACCGAUACAAUUGGGGCAAAGCUUGUUGACUCUGAUCAACGGGACGAAGGACAGCAACUGCCCCUAGAGGAAGUUCGAAUCCCAGCUUUACGGGGAAGGGGUAGACCGAGAAAAUCAGAGCUCGUUUUAACGACAGGGGCAGAAUUACCUAGAAGCAACCUGCCACAUACAAAAAAGGAGAGACAUGACGAUCUAAGCGUUUCUGAAUCGGAACUUAUAGGUCUGGAUGCAGAAACUCCGGGCCCUCGUCGCGGACCACCUCGAAAAUCAGAAACGGUUGAGAUGUCCGGGGAGGAAACGGUACGCCAUCGACAAUCAGCAACACAAGAAAAAGUGGAAAAGAAACGUAGGGGUCGGCCACCAAAGAAGAGCAGUAUUGGUAAAACUCGUUGGGAGAAAUCGGCAGGUUUUCUAAAAGAGCGCAAAUAUGGAAGAUCAGGUAAAGCGAAAGAGUCGUAUGAUGCUACGAAUGAUGCAGCGUUGGAAGAUAUUAGAGCAAUUGAAGAAUUAAGUGCUGCUGCACGGGAAGAAAUGGAAAACGAGAUUCAAAGAAGUAAGCAGGCUUUCCCUGAAAAGGAAAAACCCAGAAGAGGACGGCCACCUAAGAAAAAGAAGAGCACAACCUUGCCCGAAAUUCAAGUCGCCGACGAAAUAGCAACCACAACGCAUUCAGCAAGACAACAGAUACCAGAGUUAACCAGAGAUUUUCUAUCUAGUGAUUCACAGAUUACUGUAGAAAGUGACGCUACUCAAGAAAUAUAUGUAACAUCAAUUGGUAAACAUUAUGAAGGAUUAGAUUAUGAUACGACAGUGGACGAACGUGGGGAAGAACCAGAGGUCGUUGUUCGAACAGUCAAAAGAGGGAGGCCAAGAAAAGGUGAAAAUCGGCAUGAUAAAAGACCCGACAUUAAUUUAAUCGAAGGUGAGGGAGCGUUCCGUCGAGGGCGAUCAUUUAAAUUAUCAACAGACGACCAAGCUCCAUCCAGUGCAAGCCAUGGAAUUAGUGAAUAUAAUAAUAUUCAAUUAGCCAACGAACCAUUUCUGAAUCGUAAGGAUGGUAGCGAAGGUGCAACACUGCGCACGACGCCGGGAAAAAGGGGUCGACCGAAGAAAUUUACCGCAGAAAAUGAUGUCGACAGAUUGAGAAAAGCCGAGGAACAAAUGGAGAGCGCUAACCCAGAACUUGUAAAGCGAAAUAUCGGUCGUCCACGCAAAACAACUAAAGAAUCUCAAAUUGAAAAUCGAGUAGUUAAAAAACGCGGUAGACCUUCAAAGAUCAGCUUAGGAGUAUUUUUAGGAGGAUUAUCCGACACUGAGCCGGAAGAUGAUAAUGCGGUUGCUCUAUAUGAGCCUGCGCAACCCAAAAAACGUGGUAGACCUCCUAAGAAACGCCUGGAAUCUUCAGUUCGGAACAGUACGGAAGUCACCAGCGAUAGAGAACCAUCCCUGGCAAAACCUAAAGCACCCAAAAGGCGUGGAAGACGGCCUGGGAAGAACGGAAACGCAUUAGCCGUGAACAAGAAUAAAACAAACGAGGAUGCCGAGUACAUGUCCUUGCCUGAAGCUAUUGCACCUAAAAAACGCGGUAGGCCUCCUAAAAAGAGCCUUCAAACUUUGCAAGACGAACGUCUACCAUCUUCGAAAGCUGCAUCAGAGGAUGCUAAAGACGUACCACUAAUCAAUACUGAAAUACCAAAAUGGCUUGAUAGGCCCCCUAAGCACGCGAUCGCAGCUUCUAUCAGCCUUGGAGUGUUGGCCUCAACAUCUAAUGAAGAGGAGCCAAGAGUGAGUACUGAAGGUCAGCCUAAAAGACGGGGUCGGCCACCUAAGAACAAGCAAUCUGUUAUGGAUAGAGCUACUAUUGAAUCGGCGGGUUCGGACGUAGAUGUUCCAAAACGACGCGGACGCUCAAGUAUGGCUGGAAAACCAGACGUGACAUUCUCGCCGUCGAAAGAUGAAUCCGGUACGGCCUUUUCGGAUACAACAGGUAAGGGCAAUGUUGCUAACGGCACAUCACUUACUGAUGACUCUGCUGUUACUGAUAAUGAGAAGGAAACAAUUACUCCGAGGCGUCGUGGCCGGCCGCCACUUACAGAGGAACAAAAACAGGCCCGACUUGCCCAAAAAUUGGCUCCGAAGGGCCGAGGAAAAAAGAACGUGCUCAAGGUUUCUCUGCCUGUUCCGAUUCGUCCUAGAUCCGAACGCGAGGCAGAUGACAAACGAAAUGAUGAAUCUACAAUAGAAGCAGCCGGCUUUUCUCAAAAGGAUGGGCUUGAAGAAGGAAGCGUUUCUACAAUCUUAGAGUCUCCCGCUGGUGGAUCUCCACUGCGUACAGGAAUCCGCUCAGCGGACGGCAGUCUUGCAGGAUCGCCUCCUUUGCUUGAAGCGGGAUCAGGAUCACCUAAGAGGAUCUUGGACACCCGUGUGCCCGAAAGUCAGACACGUAAAGUGACUGUUAAAGUUGUCACCAAGAAGCAGCCUAUUCGGGUUUCGCGGGGGUCGGAUACAGAUACGGCAGAAGAAACCUUAGACGAGGAAGAACAUCUGCGACAACUAGAGCAGAAAUUGUCUUCUGCACCGCCAACGCCACUUGGCGCUAGCCCACCUCGCACUCAGCAGAUUGCUGUAAGCAUUGGAUCGCCAAGGCAGGCGGCGCAAGACAGUGGCGAUGAACCCCAAUCAAAAAAGCAGAAAAUGGAUGAUAGGUCAAUUCCAAAGGUGCCAUUGUUCGAGGCACCAACUAUUAUGCAAGGAAAACGUGAGAGAAAACGCAAGGUUAUGGACGAUUUCGAGGACUCUUCUGAUUUGUUUGCACGUGGAGCAAUAACUAGCAAAGCCAAUGACGCUGUAACAGAGUCAGAGGCACCACUUGAUGAAGCCGGCCCGGCGUUCAACAAGAAACCCGAUGUUAUAGUUGUCACGCGACCGACAGUUAUGUCACCUCCGGCUUCGGCGUCGGGCUUGGCGAGGCCUUUUGCGAUUGCACAAAAGGCACCUACUCCUACAGUAAACGUCGUUGUUCCUUCAAUGGUGGCGCCCCCUAUCGUUGUGCAGCCUACCAGUUCUAGUUCAAACGUCACCUCACAACCGCUUCAGGUACAAAUUCCGACAAGCCAAGUAACAAUGUCGUUACCAGUACAGGUUCAGACUUCGACCAGUGGGACGACUCGCCCUGUGGUCAUUACUGUACCAGCUAAUGGUUUACGGUCGCCAAUGGGGUCAGGAAUUAUGAAGACGAUCGUUAUGAACAAAGUCGUUCAUCGACCGCUUGUCAGCACACCCGGUCAACCUGGCAAUAUUCGUCUAGCCGGAGCUGCUGUUCAGGCAAAUGUUUCAACAACAGGGCUAGCAGGAAAGACCGGUACCCCGCGAGUUCAGGUGGUGACCGCUAGACCACCCUCGGUGAAAAUGUUCCCGUGCGCAGUUCGCCCGACUGGUUUGACCGCAGGAUCUACAUCCAGUUCCGUAACUCCUGAUACAGUGGUGAUGCGUACAAGCAGCAUAACUGGUUCAUCCACAACAUCAGUUCCGCGUGUGGUAACAGCCGCAAUACGGCCAUCUAUUAUUCGAGGACCUCGCAUAAUUACCUCUAUAUCACGUCCCGGUGCGCCACGACUGCUUGCUCCCACCGGUUCCACAGCACAAGGUCAAGCCCGGUUAAUUACGAUGCGGCCAACCAUCAGUCAAGCCGGAUCUGUCCAAACGCUUCGUCAAGGCACGGUUACAAUGUUGCCCACAGGUGGCAAACUGGUUGUUCGCACCGUUAGCCCCUCAGGAAGCCUGGUGCCACCACGUCCAGUCGUGCAACAACGUCAGAUAACCGUACAGGCGACUCCCUCCCCACCGCCCCCGACAACUAUUGUAUUUACACCGGGUGCUAAUGCCGCGAAAAGUUCAACACCCAUCCUGGUCACCCGAAGUCCUACUAUCUUCACGCGGCCAUUGGCGACGACUGUACGAUCUAUAGGCCCACCAAAGUUUGCACAACCACAAGCGCAGAAACCCGCCCUGGAGAAGCUCUUGCCUUCAUCGACGACCACCAGCACAUCAAACACAGCGACAGUGGCGGCUGAUCAACAUCCUGCUGUUCAGCAGUUGGUGACUGUCCACAGGAAACAACCCAUACAGGCUCAGCUGCCAAAGGCGACCGUUGAGCGCAAACAGCCGCCUCCUAAAAAACCACUUGUGCAGCAAAUGAGAAAGCCGGUCAGUGCCAAGAUUCUGGCGUCACCCACCGUAUCAGUGCCUGUAGUGUCUGUUGCUCCCAUACAGUCGAAAGCUGUUGACGAGGCCACAUCUGCCGUGGAAAAGCUUUUACAAGAACCCGAAUUGCCCCAACCGAAACUGAGUAAGAAGCCUCUAACUAAGAAGCAAAAAAGUAUGCGCAAAACUGAUCUCAUCAAAACCUCCACGCGCUCACGACGCAGAGGAACAGAUCUGCAGAUAGACUAUAACGAGGACCGCAUGGGUGCCAUUGCCGGAGCAGACAGCGAAACGGAUUCACAGGAGGAGAGUCCACCCUCAGAGGAACUUGGUUCACCGGACCAACCUGAUGAUGGUGAAUCUGGUGUCGGCCAAGCCCCUCAGGAUGACAUCCCGGUGGCCGUUGUCGAAGUGUUUUUGUCCCAGAACGAAGUCAAGCUUCGCGAAGUUCACUCACCAACGAAACAAGAUCUCGCCGAUAUUUCUAAUCAGCAGCAACAACAGCAACAGGCUCAGCAGCAACCAACCGAUGGCACAAGCCAAACACAGGCUGCUGAAGACCACAGUGUUCAGCCCCACCAUCCUCAGCAGGCUACGUCAACCAUAACAGGAGGUCAAGACGCGCCGGAAGGAUUCUUUACUACGGAGGAGGGCUUCGUCACUGGUGAAGUACCCACUAUGCUGGAAACAAUUGCCUCCGCAAACAUGGCCACUGGUGGCCCAAGCAAGGUGGCCUGUGGCGGCCUGAUCUCGUCUAAUGAUAACGCGUUUGCCAAGGCACUUAUGUCGAGCGAUGAGGCCCUGAUGGCUCGAAAGAAGUCAGUAACGAACUUCGCUUCUGGAGCAAGUAGCAGUAGUGGCAGUAGCAGUAAGCGAAAAAGCAAUCCAAUGUCUAGAGACUAAACGGGAUGAAGUCAAAUAAGUAUUCAUUUAUCCAUUCAGCAAGUACAUUACAGUAAUAAGAUGAAGGAAAGAGAAAGACAAAGAAGAUUAGAUGGGGAAAGCAUGAAAGUCUGGCCUGCUAACUGAUCGACCGACGGGCAGAGUUUGCACCGUCGACGACAAAUUCAUGGCAAUUAGAAUAAUCAUUGUGAAAGCAGUAAUAUGACGUAAUAAUAGUAUUAAAAUUGCUAAUCGUAAAUAUUGAACCAAUAGUAGAUAUAUCGACCAAACAAAUGUUGUUCGUAGAAUGGCUAAGACAGCUGUUAUACAAAGUACACUGCAGUGAAUGGCCUAUGAGUCGAAUGGUGAUUAAUGAGGACAUGCUUGCUCCACAAGUUGGCGCAACAGCCACCCGUGGCGGUCAGUUAGUGUGCCAAUGUUUGUAUCUACCUGUUAAGUUAGUUGUUAAAAAAAGGAAUGGCGAAACCUACAAUUACAAUUGCUAAUAAAGAGAAAAUUAUCGAGUCGGAAAUUACCAACUCCCUCUCUCUGACAUUUAAGUAGGGAGAGGUGGACAUUGUAGAAUACAGAUGACCGAAAACGUGCGCGAAGAUAUUCUUGUCACCCUGUUGAAAUGGCGGGUAAUUCUGUCUACUACAUGUUCAUGUAUAUGCUGCUAUAGCUAGCCCGCUAGCUGUUAAGCUCCUGGAAAUACUGUAAGACAGAGACAAUACACGCGAGAUAUAUAUAUAUAUAUAUCAACCUCAUAUAUAAAAUCGUAUAAUAACCAUACGUGGGAUGGAUUUGCAACGGAGUGAAUAUAUGAGAAAAAAGGGAUACAAUUGUGCGGGCAAAACGGCCAGUGUAUAUUAUCUGAUAAUGUGUGAUCUGAUUGUGGGCGUGAUUGUUGUGUAUAUGCGAUUAUUGUGCUUAGGAGAAAUAGGUCCACUUCUAUUUUACUGUAAACGGCGAGCCUUUUUGUCCAUUAUUUUUCAGUUAUUUUCACCUAAUAAUUCACGACGACAAAUCUUAUGUUUUAUGGUUAUAUCCAGUGCAAACGCCUACGAAGGUUACUAUGGAAUAGUGAUAGAAAUCAGCAUAUGCUUUUGUAUUGCUUACUAAAGCCAUGAUUAAUAUUGUUGCUACUGGACACGGCAUAUGCUCCUAACAACAUGUGACUCUAUUACACGUAUAUAUAUAAGA